AUGAAGCGCAAGAGAAGCAUCCUGCUAUCAGACGGGCGAAAAUCUCCACACGAACCGCCAAAUUCUCAGCAUUCGCCCACAUUCGACCAAAUCGAGCCUUGUCUUGGACAGAAGCGCAGGCGAUCCGCCGAGGGAAAAGAAUCAGAACAGCUACACGAGCCCUGGCGCAAGCGCAACAGAGCAGAGCUUGAACAAAGCUCGCAGCAGGAUUUCAAUUUGAGCGAGGGAGAACCAGAUGAGCAAGAUCCAAUUCAGUACUGGGCUAGCACUGGGAACUGGCCCAACAGUUUUGACCAAAUGAGCGGGCCAGGUAGCGAUGGCUUGAACAAAAGGCGGCGGUCUAGUACACCGAGCUACUCGAGCCGUGCAAAAGAUAGGAGUGUCCCGCUUGCUCAUACGGCUGCCUACGAGGAAGAGCUCCAACGCUACGGCAUAUCCUUCAAAGAUUGGGAAACGAAAGACUUGGAGACAUACAUGGGAAUCUUCCAGCGUGCUAGCAAGUGCAACGAGGAACGGGUUCGUCGCGAUCUAACACCUCAUAUCGUGCCUUCAGCAGAGCUGUUGUACAUCCUGGAUGGAGGCCACACUUUGGAGAACAUUCGGGAAGAAAUGUCCGUAGAUUGGACAAAAUGCAGUUUGCUAGGCGGUACCCAGCCAAGGCCGGACUAUGCAUACGGUUUGUCAUCAGCAACGUUUACAGAAGAGGAGCGUUACAAAAUGGAAAACUACACGAAUGUCAACAACCCCACCAAGUUCACAGACUCUAUGUACUUCCCGUUCCUCAUGUGCGAGGCUAAAUGCGGAAAGAAGAACAUCAAUGACGCCGACCGACAAAAUAUACAUAGCGCAAGCAUCGCGGUCAACGCAAUCAUUCAGCUAUGUCGCGCUGGAGGGGAGGACCGGGUCCGAAGCCUCCACGGCCAAAUCCUCUUCUUCAGCAUUUCUCAUGAUAAUGAGAGGGUAAAAAUAUAUGGUCAUUUCCCUCUCAUCCGAGACGGUCGUACCACGUUCCAUCGAUAUUACGUUGAUAACUACAGUCUCGAUGGUCACCACGGACGAGACAGAAACACAGGAUCAAACUUUACUCGCGCAGUCUACGGCAAGUUCUAUCCCCAGCAUCUGAAAAGGAUACGGCAGGCAAUUGCGUGUCUGCACGAUCCACGGACUUCAUCCAUGAUGUCCGACAUCAGCGUUGGCGGGGACGAGACGCCAGCGAGCGACCAAUCAUCGCAAGAGAGGGAUUCAUCCAGACCACCACUUCGUCGAGCUAUGAGCCGGGGAAGUCAAGGGGAGUUGACCUUAAUGAAACAACAAAUGGCGAAGAUGGAACAAAUGUAUAAGGCUCAGCUCGAGCAGCAAAAAGAGGAGAGUCAAAAGCAUGUGGAGCAACAGAAAGAGGACAGUGGGAAGCAAAUGGCCCUGCUGGAGAGACUGCUGGACCGAGCGCAAGGCAGAUGA